GUGGGGUGAGAUUUUGUUGGUGUGGCAUGUGGUGUGGGGUUUAAUGUUUUUUGCGUAUUUCGAUAUAGGUUUUGUUUGUAAGAAUUCAAAAAGCUUUCGUCGGUGGGUAGUAGUCCGGAUGAUGGAGACAGUGCUCACUACUCUGGUACUUGUUUCGUCUAUUACCUAUAAGAAAGGCCAUUAAAUCAAUGUUGACAUAACAAAUGAAUACUUAUGCUAAGAUCCUCGGCCUUAUAUUUAAAUAAUGGAUUUGAUAAUGCAGAAUUUUGUCUGAUAAGUUCAUCCAAGUGCUUCAUGUGUGAAGGGUUCUCUCCUCCUUCCUGCGCAGCUAAUAUUAAGCGCAGCUCCUUCCUUCCGUUCUCUGCUCGUCCGUAAAGUUGCCUAUAUUUCUCCGUUCUUCAUCUUUCAUCUUCCCCUUUCUCAACCACAGACAUACAUUCGUUACAAUCAGACUUACAUUGCUCUCAUUUUAUCAUCGGAAACCAUACUUUCGUACCUCUUACUUUAAAUUCAGCUAUAUAUUCAUAAUCAUGGCAACAGCCGAACCAAAAGCACCCGAACCAACAGCACCCGAACCAGCAGUUGCCCGAUUGCGAACCCUCCCACCGAUCCCUCUCAGAACCUUGGUUACCCUCAUCAACUACCAAUGCUCAGUCAAUUGCGGGCGAUAUUCAGCCCGCAGCCUUCAGGAUCGGGAAGCUCCCAGUCGUGCACCACUGAGGCGCAACACGUUCCAUCACGACUUAUCACUUCCAGAAUCUCCCUAUUCUCCAGCUACCUGUAGCGUACACCCCAACGGAAAAGCAGGAGCGGAUGACUUGUCGUCUGCAGAACUUGAGCGCAUAUUUUACCAAUCGAGAUGGCAAAACCGGAGCAUAAUUUUUGCACAAGUGUUUCAACAAUUCCUUCUAAGAUGUGCAAAAAACCAAGAGGUGAUAGUUCAAAUCAGGAACGAAAAACCGAAGUUGGUUAAAGCCCGUGAUGUGAUGUUGUCACACGUGCAUGUGAGUGAUCUGAGGCAGGAAGAUAUCGAAAACAAAGUACAAAGAAUACCGGGAUCGGAUACUUACGAUAGCUACUUUACAGAGGAUGGAGAAAAAUCCCCAAAGACUGUUCUGCUAUUUCCUCCACCAUAUACGAGUGUGGGUCCUGUUGGUACACCAUACAAUGACGAUAUAUUUGUGGUUGGGAUGGCGCAUAUAGAGUAUGGUGAGAUGGGACUCCUUGAGGAGCCUUAUUUCAUUGGCAACGGUAGACAGUGGCAACGAUGUACGACGACCAAAGUCUGUAAGAAAGUUUUCGAGUCGAGUAGAGAAAUACUUGAUACGAGUAACAUAACGGAUGCAAAUUCCGUAGGGGAGAUUCGGGAAUUCGCUGAUGAGAUUUUGGGGAGAUGGAUCAACAGAGGUCCCAGUUUUCCAGUGGUGCGACUAUGCGGACGCGGAGGAGGAAAUUUCAUUGGUUGCGUAGAAUGCGAGAAGGGAGGGGAAAUAAUCAGGUAUUGUGGUGUCGUGCAUCAAGAUAAAGCGCGGGAAGUGCACAAGUUUACCUGCGAAGGUAGUAAAACUAGGGGCUUAUGGACUGCGGGCCAAUGUUGCGAGUACUGUGGAGCUGGAGGGCGUUUGAUCACUUGUACGAAGUGUGAGAAGAGAGGGAAGUUUGUCAAAUAUUGCAGUGCCAAGCACAGAAAGAAAGACUGGAAGCUACACCAGCUUACUUGUGAACUCCGUUUGUGGGAUUCAGUAAAGAGGCGGGGAAGGUCUCUUAUACCGCGUAUAGCUCAUUAGGAUAACCACCAAUCGAGCGUUUUUGUCAGGGAAACACCACUCGGCCACCGUCCAAAUACUAUCACUUCUAAACGAAUCAAGCAUUUCCACCUUCAUCUUGUUAGGAACCUACUUCGACGCUCAGGAUAUGGAUCUAAACUGUGAUUUGAAGACGCAAGAUGCGUGGUAUGCCAUCUCACCCUGGCGUUCUUGCACACAUGAUGAUGUGAAAGUGUAUGUGUAUAUAUCCGUAUAUCGUAAGCCCCUACAAUUAUAACAUAUAACAUGUAUAAAAAAGAUAACAAAACAAAACAAGGUACCCUACAGUACUUGAUAGGA